AUGGAGCAACGGGGUCUCGCCGGUGGGCGUGUGAUGAUGGACGAGCGCAGGAUGGUGGCGUUGUCUGGCAACGUGGUGGCAUCGACGGCAGCUAGACCGGGCAAGAUCGGGGCAGCGCCCCUGCGCUCGCCCUGCGCUCGCCUGACGCUGUCCGUCGUCGCCCAGAGCCCGCGCCACCCGUUGCCGCCUCGUACUGCCUGGACCUCGCCGGAGCCACCACGCCGGCCUGCCUCCCCAUCUCCGUCAACGCCGUCGUCCACUUCCUCCUCCUCCUCAACACCCACUGCCCUGUCCCUACGGCCCCGUGGUGAGGCCCCGUCCUCUCCCCCUUCCCCCGCGCGCGCUCGAACCCCACCGUGCCUGCCGCUCGCGCACCCACGCGCGCUCGCUCGCACGGAGCCGCGCCCGAGCCUCCAGCGCUCCGCGCCCCUGUCGCGCUCACCGCGCGCUCCGCCUGACCCCCCCCCCCCCGCUGCGCGCCCGCGCGCGCCUCCUUCCCUACUGCUGAAGCUGCCACUGCUGCUUGCUGUUGGGCCGCCGCCGCUGCUGCUAAUACUGCUGCCGCUCGCGCGCGCCCGGUCACGGUGGCUCCGCCCGGCCGCGCCCGCGCCGUGCUACAUCCUGCUCCGCCCCCGCGCGGCCGCUGCGCCCACUGAGCCUCCUCUGCUCCGCUCGCCACACCCCCGCAUCGCUUCGGUCGCGCCUUGCCACCGACGCCUCUCCUCCGACCGGCCGAGCCUGCCUCCGACCGCCGCCAACGACUGCGACCCCGCUCCAGUUCGCCUCGCUGGUGCAUGCCUCGUCGCCGCGUUCGGCCACUGCGCUACAGCGUGCUCUCGCGUGCACGCGCACGGCCCCGCUCGCGCCCGACCACCCCCUUGCUCCGCCCGGUCGUUGCCCGCCGGAGCUUCCCGCCGCUCACCGGCCGUUGCCGCUCGCGGCCUCCUCGUCCGGGUCUGCCCCUUCGGGCGCCCACCCCGGCGCCCGUUCGCCCGCUAA